GCUUUUCACUCCAGCAACUAUCUGCUUCUCAAGUCGCCACUACUAGCCAUGGAGUUGGCUUGCGGCUGUUCCCUUGGCCAAUACAUGGCUAUAUUUGCUACAUCCGGUUCAAUCAGUAAUUUGGUUGAUAUACGUCGGGAUUUGAGGCAAAGAAGUCGCCAGAAGGGAGCAACUGCCUACCAAGCAGGUCUCGAGCAAUUCCGCUCCCAAUUCAUGACCAGACUUAGGAUAUCGGGUAAGGAUCUGAUCGAUAGAAAUGAUAUAGUCCACCAAAAGGGGCUGAUUGAGAUGGCACAUGAAUACAUCUGUGUUUGUGAGAAUGGUUCCUUGUACUGGCCCAGUACGAGCGAUGACGGAUCUCUUCGGUACCCCAGAGAUCAAUACGAGUAACUUGUCUCCCUCGUCACUUGGGUUCUCUCUAACAAUGUAAUAUAGGAUAUACACCAACAUCGUUUGGUUCUUCCUUCGAUGCAAUCUGAAAGAUAACGGGAAGAGGUUGCGCUCAACACGUCCACGAAUGAUGACUGCAGCCAACAACGGCCGGCGUCCGAGGAAUCCCAGCAAUGUUCUUGGCAGCGAGAGCCCUACACCAUCUCCUCCAGAUCACGAGGGCCCAUACAAUGCAGUAGCAGCAGCCAAUGAAGACGGUGAUUCUUCCUCUUCUUCAGAGAGUCCUCAGUCAAGCCAAACUUCGAGACAGGACAAAAUCAUGCAUAACAGACGUGCGGCCCCUUAUCGCAUAAAUUAUAGUCCGGACGAGUUGGCUGGAUAUGGUAUUGAUGAAUCGGGACAUCUAAUUCCUGACGCGCAGCCCCGACGUGUAAGUCAAAUGCAAGAUUUACAAGAUAAUCUUAGGCAUACGGGGCCCAAUCCACGACCAAAUAUGGGAGUUGAUCAUGGAGAGCGUGGGAGCAAUCCAUCGGCGGCGCAUACUACUUCAACGGGCACUCAGACGGGGCUGGAAACAAAUGAAUGUCGCGACAGAGAUCCCAAUGCACCUCCCCCUUCAUCUUUGAACUCAAAUAAUUCCACUCAGCAGUCCCAGCAAGCGAACCGCAAUGACAAUCAAUCCAGACCCAUGGGGGUACGGGAGUCCAUCGAAUCUGAACAAAUGCCGUCCAGCCCACCAUCCGAAAUCCCAAGAUCCCUAUCACCAGAACCCAAGCCCAGCGUUGACCUCAUAUUCAGCUACGAUAUCCUCCCGGGACUCAAUUUCCGCCUCGCGCACGGCGAAGAGAUCUUCUUAUUCCCCCGAGAGCUUGUGUUUCGGCUCCUGAAUUGGCGGCAUGACUUUGACUGGCUGCUCAUCUCGCUCGAAGCCCCAGGGGUGCUUUUUCAAGAACGUAUACCCAGAAAUGAUAAUCAGGAGUUUCGAAAGGUGAUGGCUAGAUUUGAACAGAUAGCUUGUGCUAUGAAGCGUGAUUAUGCUGAGAUGGGGCGAAGUGCAGUGAUUGAGGUUGCCUUUGUGCCGCAGUGUAAGGGACAUUCGCGAACUGUGCUAUUGGACGCUUGGCAGAGACGCUGGGAGAGAUCCCAGGGCAUUGUGGUAUGAGCUGAGAUUUGGCGGAUAUGAACUGGAAGAUAUAGACUUUAUAGACAUAGACCAUUGAUUUCGGAAUAUAGACCUAGGGAUAAACUGAGACGGAUAAAAGCGCAAUGCACUGAGCGGUGGGACGCCUUAUAAUGUGACUCCGUUGACGAACUGCUCC